ACACACACAUACACAGACUUCCACACUCAGAAUAGUAAAUAGAAGGAGGAAGUGUAAACCUGCGGAUACGUUUGUUGAACUGGAUCUGUCUGGCUCUGCUGAUUCAUUAUUCAUGAUGGAGCACAGGAUUUCAAAUUGUACCGUCGCAUUAUUUGGGAACUCUGUGGCUCUACAAUUUGGUCCUGACAACAUUCUACUUGGAAAAGAACCACCUCCUCUUAAAGAUGCAGAAAUAUCCAGGAUUGUUCCUGUACAGAUAAAGAUAUCAGAACGUCAUAUCUCAGUAAUCAACAUGAUUGACUUCACUGAACUUCCCCUGGACUCUGUGGAUCAUCUCAUCAGUCAACUAAUGCAUGACAGUAAAAUCUCUGCCUUCAUUCUUGUUGUGCGUCUGGGUCAGUUAACAGAUACUGAUAAGAUGAGUCUUGAUUGGCUACAGUCAGUGUUUGGUGACAGUGUUCUUCAGUUUAUGAUGAUUCUCUUCACUUAUGAAAGAGAAGAAGAGUCUGACUCUAUAAUAGAUGAUCUGAAGAAAAACACUGUUGUAGAGCAACUGCUGAAGAAAUCUGGAGGAAGAUAUCACAUCUGCAGCAAAACCAUGAACAACCAAUCAGAGAUAAGUGAACUGAUAAACAAGAUUGACCGUCUGUCUAAUGAGAAUCAAGACAAGUACUACACUAAAGAGAUGUACAACACACAGUUAAGAAAAAGAGAAGACCAGAAAAAUGGUGAGUAUCCAGCCUGGUCUCACUGUUAA